AUGGCCCAGCUGCGGUGCCCGCUGCCGCGUCCCGGAGCUCCCACUCCCAAAGCGCUGCUAAGAAAGAAAGAAAAUGGCGGCCGGCGGGACCGGAUCACAUUCUUGCGCGACCAUCGUGCCGUGCAGGGGGCGGGGACACCGGCAGGGAGAUCUCGCGAGGCUAGGGGAAGGGGGCGGGACGGACGGAAUCAGGGGCCCGGGGUGGGGUGGAGCUGGGGCGUGGGGCGCGGCGCGGAAAUUCUCGCGAGACCUGUAAGUGACGCCGAGGGGGAUGGCGUUCGGGUGCCGCCUCCGUCGCCUUUCGUUGCUGCUGGCGGCUGGGCGCGCCCCCUCCGGCAAGCAGGCUUGGGAAAUCUAAGUUCAUUUCAAGACAUUCGGAAUGGGGAAAGAUAUUAUUCCAUUUUGGGGAUUGAAAAAGGAGCUUCUGAUGAAGAAGUUAAGAAAGCUUACCGAAAACAAGCCCUCAGAUUUCAUCCGGACAAGAACAAAUCUCCUCAGGCAGAGGAAAAAUUUAAAGAGGUGGCCGAAGCCUAUGAAGUUCUGAGUGAUCCUAAAAAGAAAGAAAUCUAUGAUCAGUUUGGGGAGGAGGGUUUAAAAGGUGGAGCUGGUGGGACUGACGGACAAGGAGGUACCUUCCGGUACACCUUUCAUGGUGAUCCUCAUGCCACGUUUGCAGCAUUUUUUGGUGGUUCCAGUCCUUUUGAAGUCUUCUUUGGUAGAAGAAUGGCUAAUAGUAGAGAUCCUGAAGAAAUGGAAGUAGAUGGAGAUCCUUUUAGUGCCUUUGGUUUCAGCAUGAAUGGGUAUCCCAGGGAGAGGAACUCAGUGGGUUCAUCCCGACCCAGGCAAGACCCUCCAGUUAUCCACGAACUUAAAGUAUCACUUGAAGAAAUCUAUAGUGGUUGUACCAAACGGAUGAAGAUUUCCCGAAAAAGGCUGAACCCUGAUGGGAGAAGUGUUCGAACGGAGGACAAAAUUCUCACCAUUGAAAUAAAAAAAGGAUGGAAAGAAGGAACAAAAAUCACUUUUCCAAGGGAAGGAGAUGAAAUGCCCAAUAGUAUUCCAGCAGAUAUUGUUUUUGUCAUUAAAGAUAAAGAGCAUACACAAUUUAAGAGGGAUGGAUCAAAUAUUCUCUAUCCUGUCCGAAUCAGUUUGCGGGAGGCCUUGUGUGGCUGCUCCAUCAAUGUCCCCACAAUUGAAGGAAGAACCAUCCCGAUGUCAAUAAAUGAAGUUGUGAAGCCUGGAAUGAGGAGAAGAAUUAUAGGCUAUGGACUGCCCUUUCCAAAAAACCCUGACCAGCGCGGCGACCUGCUCAUAGAGUUUGAGGUGAACUUCCCGGACACCCUGUCUUCAGCAUCCAAAGAAGUCCUUCGGAAGCACCUUCCGACCUCCUAGGGGGAUGGCUCACUCACUGGGUUACCAGGGUUUUGGCAAGGCAUUGAAUAGACGUACCAUAGACAGAGUGGGGUGAAUGCCUCAAAGGUUCGGUGAUAUGCAUGAAUAGAGAGGGUCAAAUAAAGGGCAAAAGGGAAUUUGCAGUUAAAUAUGGAGAGGAAAACCACUUCCUGUAUUUUAUUUUCUUCUUAACCAGAAAUUUCAUUCACAAUUUUGCAUACAUGUAAAAUUUAGUUGUUUUGUGAAGUUAGUGUAUAUAUUGCUAAUAAAGUACUCGAAUAUGCAAGUACUUUAUUUCUUAUAUAUCUACAUCACCAAUAGGAGAUGCUGCCAUUUAUACUGGAGAGCAGAAUUUAUAGAUGAAAUGACAUGUACUCUGCAUCUUCAGGACAUUGUAGAGAGGCUAUUUAAUAAGAGAGAAAUUAGGUUUAAAUCCGCUUCUACAGUAGUGCUAUAGGGCUGGUACCCUGACAGAGAAAUUGCCUGGUAGAUAGAUUUCAUUACUUUGAUUUUCAAAAUGUGAAUUUAUGUCAAGCUAUUUUUUCACCUGUGGAAAUCCUAGUUGCCUGAACUACUGGGUAUUUUGAAAAUAUCAGGCUCAUUUAAAAUGUCACAUGUGUGAUUUUUAUCUGUGAAAGUGGAAUACAUACAUACAUAUAUAUAUAUAUAUAAAUAUAUAUGCACGUAUGUGCAAACAUAUGUCGGGCUUAUGAAAUUAUAGACUCAGCAAGCACUGACGUAAAUGAUCUCUUUUAAAGUGGAUGUGCUCUUCAGGGCUCUUAUUGAAUUCAUUUUUCAGCUCUGUAACCAUUCUCAUAGUAUACACAAUCAUAUGCUGUAUGAGUUGGUUUAAGUAGUUCCCAGAAAGGAACAAAUAAUAACUACUAUAGUGUUAUAAUGAAAAUACAGGGAAGAACCAUACCUGCUGCUUAUAAUAAUGUCGCUACUAUAUAGUAUGUGUAUGCAUGUGAAAUACUUUGUUUCCAUAUGUACAGUAAUGUAUUUCUCAUGUUUUUAAUUUAAAAAUUGUAAACUUAUUUUAAACUUUCUUUGCUUUUGUUAUCAUAGUGAGAAUGAUCUUUUGAAGCAAUGUGUUCAGUAAAAUUAUCUGAUCUCUGAGUCUAGAUUUAUUCUGCCUGUCAUAUUUAUAGUACUUUGUUAGAUUUCAGUUAUGCCAAGUAUAUGGAAUCCCAUCACAAUUUAAAAAUCAUAGUAAUGAAAUAUUUUAUUUCAGAAAUGAGAUCUUCAGUAGUUUAUACUUUUGUUAUAACAUCAAAAGCUUAUAAAAUAGCAAUGAAUUAAAUUAUUGCAACUUAAUCAUUCCAUUUCCUCAUUCAUAAAAGAUUCCUUGUGGCCACGUUUCUCAGACUGAAGUCAGGAGCCUUCUCAGAGGCAAUAGAAACAUUGCAUGGAGGCAUGGUAGCACAAUUCUGUCCCAUUUGCCUCUUCGUUCUUUGGUCCAUCCCUUUACCUUCCCCUUCUUCCCAGGUAACACCACCAUCACCACAUUUCCAACCAUCUGAUCCAGUUAAUUUCAUCUGUGUCAAUAUUACGUUUAAUUCUUACCAUGCCAAACUGAGCGAUGAUAUAAGAUAUAGGAACUCUUCAAAAUAGAUGACAUAAGCACUUUUGGGGGGGGAGGAGAGGGUCAUAGAAUAAAAAUAAAAUUAUUGCUUUAUAGUCAUUGAAGUUAUGUGGACUUUAAAAGAAAAAAAUCUACCGUGUCCAUUUCCUAUAUGGCUUCAGAUCCCCAAAUCCCACAUUUAUAGGGGACUUACUGAUAUUUUGGUGCAAUGAAAUGCACAAAGGAGAUUCUCAACAAACAUUUAUUAGGCAGUGAAUGAAUCUAGAGGCAAAUUUGGAUUUUAAAGUAGUACUCUUUAGUGCAUUAGACUCACCCAUUUCUAGAAUGAAUACUAAGGGGCCAUACAUUCUAGCACAGUUGUGAAGAAAACACUUUGUAAAGCUUCAGAAAAUGCUCUACAACGGUUAGCUGUGAGAGGGAGCCAUCUUAAGGUGGUCCAUUUCUCUUGUCCAGAACAAAGGAGGUGUUGGGAGACUUUCACCUAAGAUUGACCAUAGACAUUGACUUUUGGAUAUUGUUUACGUAUAGCCUUUUUUGGAGACAAGGAAUAGAGCUUGUUUUCAGUUGUUUAUUUGUAGGAGAGGAAUUGCCUUAACUUUGGAUGAAGGAAACGUAAUAAGAAAAUGGCACUGUGCUUAUGUCUUUAGUAAAUUGUUUAUAGUUACUAAUGUAGAUCUUUAUAACCAAAGGACUAUAACUUUCUCACUGAAUAUAAUACUUCAAAAUUGAGAUAUCCAUUAAAUUUAGCAGUAAAAAACUUGUCUGAGGUAUAAUAACCUCAGAUGUAACACUAAGUAUGUAGCUUGCUAAUUUCAAAUUGUGUCAUACUUUAUCUGAGAAGCUUAGGUUUUAUAGAUUUAAAUAUAAUUUUGAUGGUCAUUGAACAUUAGCUAUAAUUAUUGAAGUAAAAAUUAGAGUAAAAUAAAUGUCAAUUUCAUUGCUAUUUGCAGUAGUUUAAUAACUACUUACCCUGUGGUCCCUUAACAUUUUACUAUAGAGGCCGUGCAUGUUUGUUUAAAAUGCAUUUUGAGAUUUUAUUAAAAACAGUGUGUAAACUCUGUAGUUCAAAUUAUGCCAGUUAGAAAACUUCUAAAAUAUAUAUUGCAAGACCAAAGUGGGCUCAAUUUUCUUUUCAGAAAACAGUGAUACUUCUUUAUGUCAUGUAUUUGUGCUUUUGUUGGAUUGGGCUCCCAACAGUGUUAUUCUUAGAGAGUGAGGCCUAGUGAGAUUAACAUAGCCAGCCAAUGUCUAUGGUUAGAUUUGAACUCAGGUUUUCCUGACUCCAAAUCUAGCAUAUACCUGUAAGACUUGAUUAAUUAGCAACAAACAAGUAGCAUAUAAGAAUUUCACUUAUGAAUUUUGUGGCUUUUUAAUAAUAGUACUGUUGCAUAUUAAAGGAGCCAUAAAAUUGAUAAAUUUAAAAGAAUAUUUUAUAUAGUAUGAGUAUUUAUUAGAAUUCUAUAGUAGUUUUAUCCAAAAAACUCAGAGAAUAUGUGCCAACUUUAAAUGAGAUGAUUCCCGAGUUAAAACCAAAACCAAGAGACUGUUCAUGGAACAAUAAUAAAGCUAAAUAAAAUGAGA